AUGUUCACUACUGAAGCUAUCUUUAUCAUCAUAAUAUCUGUAGAAUUCAUAGUAGGGGUGUUGGGGAAUGGAUAUAUUGUACUAGUCAACUGGAUUGACUGGAUUAAGAAGAAAAAGAUUUCCUCAAUUGAUUAUAUCCUCACAAGUUUAGCUAUCUCCAGAAUAUGUUUGGUUGGUACAAUUGUUCUCCAUGGCAUUCUGAUAGUGCUAUACCCACAUGCUUAUGAAAAUCAUAAACUGCAGGUAUUCCUUUUCAGCUUCUGGACAAUCUUCAACUAUUUAAGUAUGUAUUUUGUUACAUGCCUCAGUGUCUUCUACUUCCUCAAGGUAGCCAGUUUCUCCCACCCACUUUUUCUCUGGCUGAAGUGGAGAAUUGACAGAAUGGUUCAUUGGAUCUUGCUUGGAUGCUUUGCCAUUUCUUUGCUGGUCUUCUUUGUACUGGAACCAAUACUGAGUUGUACGUUUAAGGUUCAUAGAAUUACAAACCAUAAAAGAAAUGGCACUGAAAUGUUCAAUGUGAGCAAAAUUCAUUAUUUUGAGCCAUUAACUUUAUUUAACCUAUUUGCAAUGAUUCCAUUUAUUAUAUCACUGAUCUCAUUUUUCCUUUUAAUGGUAUCCCUAUGGAGACAUACUAAGCAAAUGAAACUGAAUGCUACAGGUUGUCGAGACCCCAGCAUAGAAGCUCAUGUGAGAGCCAUGAAAAUUAUAAUUUCAUUUUUCUUCUUCUUUUUUAUUUACUGUGUGGUUUCUCUUUUAGUAACUUUUAGCUAUCUUAUGGUAGAACAAAAGCUAAUUAUGAUGAUUGGGGAGAUUAUAGCAUUCUAUAUCCAUUGGGUCACUCACUUAUGUUAA